GCCUGCAAUUACAACAAUGCAAACCUAACCCUUCAAAACCAGAGAUAAUUGCACUAGUCAUAAAAAAAAAAUAUCAGCGCACAAAACUGGAACACACUCCAAUCCAUGCACAGACAGACAAGCACCCUUACGGAUGUUAUGAGGUGAGAAGGGCAAAAAUAGCAGUGAAGUGUCUGUAGCUGGGACCAAGCCCUGUCCGCUUGGCUCUGUCAAUCACAGGCCAAAACAACAUGGCAGGCAACAGGAGCUGGACCUUCUUUUUAACAGUUUGUGCUGUCAGUGUGUUGGGGGCCGAUGCAGAAAUCAAAUUUUCCAUUCCGGUGGGAAAGCUAUUUACACAUGAGCUGAUGAGGGAGACUUUCCAAAAUGACUUUGAACCUUUGUCAAAACUCUAUGCCGGCCGAUUGUAUGAUGACCCCAUGGUUUUUAAGUGCAACCUGCAGAACUUCCCAGACCUCCCAGAGUGGCUCCGCUUCACCCAAAGGCACCCCUAUGAUAAUGGCUUCCUAUAUGGCACACCAACAGCCCCAGGCAAAAGUAUAAUUGAGAUUCAUGCCAUCAACAAAAGAAGCUAUGAAACAACCAGACAGUUACUCAUAAUAAAUGCUGUUGCAGAAAAGAGGUUGCCCUUCCAAGCCGAGUUCUUCAUCAAGCUGAGGGAUAUUGAGAGGGUGCUGCCCUCUCCUGUUCAGGAUGAGAUAAAGCAGGACCUGCAGAGGCUGUGGAAGACAGAGGCACUGGAAAUUGUCAAUAUUACCAAUGCCCUUGACCGUGGCGGAAGAGUUCCCCUUCCUCUUGCAGGGCACUUUGAGGGUGUAUAUGUGAAGGUGGGCUCGGAGCAGUAUUUCUCGGAUUGUCUUUUGAUGGUGCUCACAGCCGAGCACCAAAAGCAGUGCAAGGCAGGGGCCAAAACCAGGAUCCCAGGGGAGUGCAACUUCUGCAGCAUACCUAGCAACUGUAUCACCUGGUGCAAGAUUGAGCUGUUUGAUCUGUCAAGGCAAGCGCCGCCUCCACCUCCACCCACCAUGGGCCCGGGGAUUUUGGAGGCCGGGGGUGAAUUCAAUCCUCCUGAGUCUCCCCCCAGCAGGGAUUAUUUCCCAGACUACAUAGUGACAGUGAUUGUGCCCCUGAUCUUGGCCAUCAUCCUGUGUGCUCUGCUGGCCUACAUCAUGUUCUGCCGAAGAGAGGGAGUUGCGCGAAGGAAUGACAAGACAGACCAAAUUCAGCUGUACCACCACCACACCAUUCAUGGGGACACCGAGGAGCUGAGGAGUAUGGCUGGAUGCCGUGGUGUACGCCCACCCAUGUCCACUUUUCCCAUGUUCGACGCCCGCACUGGGCAGAGUGCUCCCCCUCUGCACUCUGACAGCAUCCCUCUCAUCAUGCCCCAGCAGAAGUAAGAACAGCGAUGGACAAACAUGAACGCUGGAUGUGGUUUCAUUAUUUUUUUAAAAAAAUUGUAUUCAGAGGUUGCAGUGUGAGGUUUUUUCCUGAUAUUGACAAAUUAACAUUACCUGGUUUCUUGCUAUGUUAACUGUCAAUGCAGUGUAUGACUGUCCAUAUUCCAUAUUGCA